CAAUUAUAUUUCCUGUUUUAGAUUACGAAACCGAAACUGGACUUUAUUUUAUAAAACGUAAAUUUGUGUCAAGACAAAUGGCCGCCAUUUCGGGGAGUGAGAUUGAAAGACAGUCAGAAGAACCACUUCGUCUGUUAUGUUCACCUUGUAAACGUAAGGAAAGAAAUAAAGAAGCGGACAAAUAUUGUGCCGACUGCCAUGAUUAUUACUGCUCGGAUUGUGUGAAAUGUCACGACGAUAUUCCUGCUAUGUCUGGACAUAAGAUUCUAGAUAAAGAUCAAGUCAAAGAUGGAAAAAGCGGAAAAUUGCCUGUAACACCAACACAAAGAUGCGAGAGACACGGGUUUAAACUUGUUGACAUGUAUUGUCAAAGUCACGAUAACGUUGGUUGUUCUACAUGUAUGGCAGUAGAUCACAGGUCUUGUAACGAUGUUUUCUACGUGCCUGAGUACGUCUUAGAUCAUGACCCUACAAGUCAAUGUGAAGACGUUCAACGCAAAAUGCUAGCUGUUACCGGUGACAUUGAAUUCCAGCUGAAAAUUCGACAACGGGAAAUGAAACGUCUGUUCAAACGGAAAGAAGACGAAGUUGAAAAAAUAAAACAGUUCCGGAUUGAUAUCAUCCAGACAUUUGACAAUCUUGAAAAGAAGAGCAUUGAUAACAUAGAAGGUAAAUACAAAGCAAUAAUCAAAAAAAUUGAAGAGCAAUGUACCAUACUAACAACAUUCCAGACAGAUGUUAAAUCUUCAGCAGAAGAAAUAAAAUCCGUCUCAUCAAACAUGUCGCAAAAAUUUGUGGGGAUGAAAGUAGCCAACUCAGUAACUGAAAGGGCAGACAAUGGUUUGAAAGAGGAGACAAUGGGAUUCAAAAGAUUUGAUGUUAUCUUUCAAGUAAAACCAAAGCUGAUGUCAAUGAUAGACCAAAUGGACAGGUUUGGAGAAAUUGUUGAAAAGCCUGCUUUAUAUAGGCUAGGGGAAAAGAAGGAGAUUAGUAUUAAACAUGAUUCAGACUCUAACUCCUCUUAUGAUAUACGCAGUAUAUGUAAGCCUAAGGAUGGCUGUGUGAUUAUCGCUGAUAUGAAAAAUAAAAGCUUAAAACGUCUUGACAUGACCUCAUUUAAAAUAUUAGAUGUCUGCAAACUUCCGAGAUGCCCGUGGCAAAUUUGUGAAGUCGACAAUGAUAUUGCGGUAUCCUCACAAGAGAUGAACAUCGACAUUAUAACUACAUAAGGUUCUCUCAAAGUAGCACGGAAAAUAAAAACCGAUCAUAAAUGUUAUGGCUUAGGGUACACAAAUGGUAAAAUUUAUGUAACGGAUACAAACAAGACUAUGUUUGUUUACAACAAGACAGGGAAAAUGCUGACACAAUUUUUUAAAGAUCAGUCAGGUGAUGACUUUUUUAGUAAUAUCUACAGUCUUACAGUCAGUCAUGAUGGUAAGAGGAUUUAUGUUGCUGAUUAUACAUUUGGUCUAGUAGUACUUAGUAAGGAAGGCAAAUUACAUGGCAAAUAUCAUCCUUCCAACAUCAAGAGCGCGAGGGAGAUUUGUGAAACAGACAAAGGAGAUAUACUUGUUUGUGGUGAAUUUUCUAACAAUAUUAUACAAUGCUCUCAUGAUGGUGAGGCGAUUGGAGAAAUACUUAUAUCUGAUGGUCAAGGAGGAGGUUGUUGGGCGGUUUGCUAUGAUCGCAAUCACAAGAGGCUGAUAGUUGGACGACGAUUUCGGAAUUAUAUAGAAGUUUACGAUAUAAAUUGAACAAAUAUAUAAAAGAAAUUUGACAACAACAAAAAAUAAAUGAUAUCUUUAUUUUCAUGACGGGAAAUCAGUACCUGAUUUAUUUAUCAAAUAAACCUCAUAAAUAAAUAACAAAGUAAUGACAAUAUAAGCACAAUUCAAUAGUCUGGUCCGACUGUCAAAGUUGAUAAAGGUCAAUGUCAUAUUUGAAUAAUUCAUCAUGUCGAUUGUGUCAUAAAACAUUUAUGUGUUCUUUUGUCCAUGUUUAAAUAAAAUUCAUAAAUAUAUAUCAAAGUUAUGGUCAAUUGUAAGGAAAUUAACUCAUUUGACCUUUAGUGUAAAUGCCAAAUUAAGGUCAGGAUCAAGUGCAAUUACACAUCUUCUUUACUGUCUUGACUCAAAGAAAGUCGUACAUUUUUCGAAAAAAAAUGUGCUAAAAAGACGUGAAUA